AUGCAUCGACAGCUGUUCGGAUGCAUCCCUGUCUCCUACGGCUGCGCGAGAGCAAAUAAUAAAAUUAUUCUGUCCUUGGUUUGCCCAAACUUCCUCCUGGCAACGAACACGCAGCGAUCUAUAAGGUUGCUGAGAACCAUGGCGCCUCUGUCGUCUGCGUCGCAGAAAGCGAUUGAGCGUCUACGAGAAUAUGUCCCGCCGCCGACGAACUACUACUCCGUUCCACUGACGAGGCAGGCGUCGGUGCUGCUUCUGUUGUUCGCAGACAAGCGAGGAGAUCUCCGGGUGAUCCUGACCAUCCGAGCCAACACCCUCAAGUCGUAUCCCGGCCAGGCCGCACUCCCGGGCGGCAAAGCCGAUUCCACCUCGGAAACGCCCUUCGAAACCGCAAGACGAGAAGCCCAUGAAGAGAUUGGCCUGCCGAACAUCGACCAGAGCUUCCCGCCUCCCUUCCGCGUCGAGCAUCUCUGCGAGCUACCCGCAAACCUCGCCAGAACAGAGCUCGUCGUCCGACCAUGUGUCGCGCUGCUACACUCCUACGACGAAGUUACGGGUGAAGAUGCAGAUCCUGAAGAGGCGUUCAUGCCCCAGCUAGACGCGAAAGAAGUGGCGGCCGUAUUCACGGCGCCGUUCCAUAACUUUUUAAAGAUGCACGACGAGCCGCGGGGGGAGGAGGGUGAGCAGCUACCCGGUUCUCCAGAAGACUGGUACGAAGGGAGCUGGACGAAUUGGAAUACAACAUGGUGGAGGAUGCACCAUUUCUUCGUCCCAAUAACAAAUCAGACCGUCACGAAGCCCCGACGGAAGAGUCAAGAGCAAGAUGCCGCCAUUGCCCAACUAGAAGAAGACGAGAUCUCCAUGGGUCUUGAGCGAUACCGAGUCUUUGGCAUGACGGCCCGGAUCCUGGUCGACGCAGCCAGGGUGGCCUACGGCGAAGAUCCCGAAUUCGAGCAUAACAGCCAUUUCGGUGACGAAGACAUGAUCGGACGACUGAAACGCCUUGGUAGAUUCAGCAGCGUUAAAAACCCCGAUGACCCCCUAACGCAAGAGGUCUUCGAAAAGGCUUCUAAGCUCUCCUAG